UAUUAAACCACCUUGUGCUUUGAUUCAGUCAGAAAGCAGGAAAGAAAUUACAUGCACACAAAACUCACAAGAUCCUUACCAUGCACAAAAUAUUGAUACAACAUGUUGCCAGUUUAACACCCAAGUCCCAGAUCAGGAGAAGACAUUGUAAGGACACCAGCAAGAUACAGCUGAAGUCUCAUGGAAAUUUGCUGCUGAGCCUGACGAGAAAAUUAAGUACUGCAAGCAGUAGUUUCUUACCUCAUGCAAUGAUCUCAGUGACCGGACUCUGACAAUACCAGCUCUGAAAAAGCAAACCUAAACUGCGUCCCCUCUGUCACCUCUGAUGAUCAUAGUACUCAGGACUUUACCUCAUGGAACUCUACCACCCAGACGAUCGAAGAUGCCAAACUCUGCUUUCCUGAAGUCCAGAGCUGUAAGCUUGCUUUUUACCCUCCUCCUUCCCUUCAGGAUUCCAAACUCCAACAUCUCAUUGCCACUACAGCCAAGGCUGCCUUUCACUUUCACAACCCCAGUGAGCCUCUUGUUGUUGCAGAUUAGCCUUACAAGAAACCUGUCGCUGACAGCCUGCCGUUUUGUACCUGCCACCGGAUGAGAAAACUCUUGAGAAGAAGGUGAAAGCAAACCACAUUUCAGAGACAGUCCAUGGGGACUGUUCCAGAUCCUCUGAGAUCUGCCAAGCUUGCCCUGGUCACAGCUUCUGUAGAGGAGGACCACCUGGGAGACCUGCAGUCUGCUAAGCACCAGCCACAACUAUCUAGUGGAGAGAGGGCCAGCAAUGGCUUCCCGCGCAUGCCGUCUGGCUCCGCUGGAGUUUGCUUGUUUGACCUGAAAUGCACAGCGGCUGCCGGUGCACAGGGGUGCGAGCAAUGCUGCAAGAAUGAUGCUAGCCAGCAGGAAGCCUUCCCUCCUGGGCUCACCAGCAAAACCGCAGAAGGGUGUCCUGCAGCCGUAGAGCUCACCGGUUGCUCCCUGACAGUGGGCAGCCAGGGACUGGCAGCACCAGCCCUUACUGCAGCAGGAGCCCCUUUGGCGAGGCAGGAGCCAGAGAUGAUGCCAGCCCCCCAGAGCUCCCACCAGUUUGUGCAGGACAACCAGACGAAAACGAGCUCCCUGACACAAAUGGAUGAAUCUACCCUGAAAUCUCGGGGGACUCAUGAUCCACCAGCACUUGAGGUGUUAAAUGAUUCUUCCCCAGGUGACCCUGUUAGGAGUAAUGAGUCCUAUUGUACUUCUCAGGCAAAUCUGCAAAGAGGGGAAAAAGACAGAGGAGCCGAUAAAACUGGUUCUACUGCAUGUCAGUUGGUCUCACCAGUGAGGCAAACUGAAGCUGACCUGGGCAGAGACCCACAGCCCAGUUUGGAGGCAAAAAGUGGGGCUGCAGACACCAUACAGUUGCAUUCCACAGAUAAAACUGAAGCAGUGCAGAGCAGCGAGGCACCAGUACAGUCUAGCCAUGAGAGUCCACAUCCCAUUCACAACACGGAUGCCGUGCUGGGAAGUCCAGGCCCCACACAGCUCUCUAAAUUCAGAGAAACGGGUACAAUGACAGUUCAGUCUGAGAGCAGCUCUCUAACUCAGGAAGCAGUAAUCAGGACAUGGCGAGAUGCUGGGGUUCAGGCCGUGGCUAGCGUGGAGAGCAAAUCAGCCUCCACCAGUCCCAGCAUCCUUGCUGCCUUCUUAAAAGGGAAUCCACCUCCAGAGGAGAAGGAAGAACUGCACAUAAUUUACCAAGGAGGUAUGGGGUUGACCCAGUCUGCAUUUACUGACAGCUUAUCCUCACAACAGAAGUCCCUGUGUUCUCCUGGUAUCGCAUCAAAAUCGACUGUUGUUAUGGCUGUGACUGCUUCAGCCCAAACCCAGCCUGUCAGACUGCCUGGGGUCCCAUCUGACAUGGUGCCUCCAGCAUUGGCAGAUAAUGCAAAAUCUGCUCUCCCCUUCUUCCCUGCAGCCAGUACCUCCCAAGGGAUAUCUGUGGGUAAUGCUGAAAUGACCAGUGCAGCCCAUGAGGGCAAGGAUGCUGCUUGCCUGCCGAUGGAUGCUCCAGUUCCACCAAAGCCCAUCCCUGUUGAGCAGCUUGCAGUUGACUCCAGUAAUCACAUUCCAGCACAAUCUGGGUCUGGUGCUGGUGAACCAUGCACCACUUCUGCAGCCACUGUCCAAGGAACCGAGAACAACAUGCGAGAUCUUGUCCAUGAUGCAGGAAGCAGCCAGUUACCUUUACUCUGUAGAAGAGACAAUGAAGUCAAGCAGAAAGAGGUCCUGGGCAGCUCUGAGCAAAAGUCUGUGCGAAGUAAGGGCUCAAGCCAAGGGGAGAACAUUCCUAACCAGUCUGUGGUAAAACCAAAGGAAGGAAACUCGGUGCUUGAUCUUAAAGGAGAGAUGAAUGUUAGCAGCCAAUCUGCCACGGUUCACGUAAAGGUGUGCUCGGAAGGUGCAGGUGGAAAGGGGGAGAGCAGAGGCCAGGGAGCUGCUGACCAGGCUCAGCCAGCCAGUGGCCAGAGCCAGCAGGCAGGACUGACACCUGAGUUGAGUGCAAGUUCUGCACACCUCACCCCUCCCGUGGAGGCGUCAGCGGCUCCUCAGCAACAAGGCCUCCAAGCUAAGAAGUCCAGAAGCGACAUUCACGCAGCAGCUCUUCCUUCUUCAGCUCAGACCUUGCCAAACCUGAGGGAAAACAAAAAGCAGCCCACCCCAGCCAUGGAGGCGAAAGUGCAGGUGAAGCAGUCCAAGCACGUCAGGGAUGUUGUUUGGGAUGAGCAGGGCAUGACGUGGGAGGUUUACGGUGCUUCUCUCGAUCCAGAAUCGCUGGGAAUUGCCAUCCAGAACCACUUACAGAGACAAAUACGGGAACAUGAGAAACUGAUCCGGGCCCAGAACAGUCAGACCCGGAAAUCCAUUUCCUCAGAUACAUCCUCCAAUAAAAAACUGAAAGGGAGGCAGCACAACGUGUUCCAGUCCAUGCUGCAGAAUUUUAGGCGUCCUAAUUGCUGUGUCCGACCCGCUCCUUCUUCUGUGUUAGACUGAUGUGUUUUGCAGGGGUGUAGAUGUCUGUGGUUGUAGAGAGACUCCCUCCCCUCAAGUCUUGAGUCCUGCUGUUUAGUUGUGUUAUUGGGAUUGUGAUGCAGCAACAGUGGAAGAUUAUUUCCCUUUGUUUUCUGAGAAGCCAAGUGCUCCAUCACGCCAUUAUUGGUACCACAGCUAGUGCAUUUCCACAUUAUGUCCCCAUCCCUACUACUGUCAGAUGAAAUGCUAGGCAUUUAGCAAAAGCACAAACUUAAAUUGCCACCUUGCUGCAGGGAGAGCAGCACCUUCUGAUAAAACAAAAAGUUGAGAGAUUGUCAGAAUUAUUAUGGGAAAUUAUUUGUGUGCAUCACAAGGUCUAAUAAGAUGGGGUGGGCCAGGGGAAGCUGAGUGAGGUGAAUCCAAGGUUCAGCACCUGUAACGAUUUAACGCAAGACAACUUUCCUGGUGUGUAAGUUACCCACACCGAGGCAAAUCCAUGAAAAAAGCUAUGGACGUUGAUCACUGACUUGUCUCACUUCCGUUGAUACUGCGGGUGCUGUUCUCAUGUGAGCCCCAGAGAGCUAGGUCUUCCCCUCCCAUUGAAACGGAGAACCAGGCAAAGACUGAGGAUCAAGGCUUAUUAUUUCUUUGAGAGACGUUAAGUCCAAGGGAUUUUGAUGGCUAGAAGGGGAGGUGAAAGAAGGAUAUCUUCUGCAGGCUUCUUCUCCUCUGCAUCAGCCAUGCUUAAGGUAUAAGCGGGCAAGGCACAAGAGAGCACGUCGGUAGAUGUACCUGCAUCCAACAGGACGUUGCCCUCGCUUGCGCUGUGGCGCUCCAGCCAAAUAUUUCAAAAGUGGCAAGCUGUUUUGGCUCCUCAGCCAGGAUGGGCAGCCCUGCUCCCAGCCUCCCGUGGCACUGAGCACCUCUCUUCUAAAUCACUUCUUAAAGUGAUCUGGAUCUUUUCUCAUUCUCCAGAGAUGCACAGUAACAUGUUACCAUAGGAGUAGGCUGUCAUGUGCAUCUGGGUCCAUGACCCUGCAAGUCUUGUGUGUUAAAUUCAUUUUUUUUCCCUUUUAAGUCCUUAGCAAACUCUACUUUUUUUGCAGUAUUUUGGUGCUUUUCUUGCUGCCUUUCAUAAACCGAGUACCAUUUAUUUAGCCUGUGCAUUUUUUGUUUUACCUAAUCCUCUAUGUAUUAUAAACCAUUAUAUUGUUAACUUGAAACAUUUACUUCACAGAAGUACUGAAAUCUUGAGACAAUCUUUGCUGUAUUUCUAACAUUAGAAAAGUUGUAGAAACUGCUAAUAAAAGGUAGCUUAGUGACUGUUUCUCCAGAAGUGUGAUAUACAAUAAUGUCUCAAAUGUAUGUUGGUCAUAUUUCGUCCCUUAAUAAUAUUUUUCAAUCUGGGAAAUGUGUUUCCCACUAACUUUCUAUUCUGUCCUCUAGAGUUCCUGAUGGGAGGCUGGGGAAAUCCUGCAGUUUGUAGAAAAUUUAGUUUUCAAUCCUGGAAAGCACUGAGGAUUUGGAUACUGUAAUCCUGCAGAGUACUAGAGUUAAAUAGGGUUAUUUUUAUUCCAUUAAAGAUUUUUCAUGCAUCACGAUGAUAAUUUAUUUCUGUCUGUAGGGUGACACACGUGACUUACUCUGUAGAUCUUAGUCUUACAAUUUACUCUGUAAAUCUUAAAGAUUUGCACAGUGUAAAUGAGUAUUAAUUUUUUUCUUUUUUCUGUGAAGCAGACCUGAGGUGGUCCCCUUUUGUAUAGGAACCCAGACUUUUUGAGUGUAUCAACUGCCAAGCCUUCAAAACAGCUGGUUUGGGACAAUUUUUCCCCAGCAGCGAGGUAAAAUACUGUAAGAUACAAUAUUUUAACCCAGUUCAAUGAAAAGUGUUGUCCCUAGGCAUAGUACUGAAUUGACUCUAGUUUUCCUCUGGUAUAUAUUUGGGGGCUUUAUGGAACACCUUGUUCCACUUCUGUAUAUUAUUUCAAGUCGUUUCCCACUUGACGCUGAAUUGCAAAUCCUGAAAUAUCACUUUAGAAAAUGGCUUCCCACCUCUGCCUACCAGGAGGAAGGUCUCCUACCUUUUUUUCUGUUAGUAUUGCUUUUCCCAUCCCCCUUCUAGCAGUGUCCAAGAUGUGAGUUUCAUGUGAAAUUUUGUGUGGGAUUGAUAUUGGCAGUCUCAUUAGGUCAGGUUAGUUGAUGAGUUCGGUGUCUCUUCCCACAUUGUGUCCAUGUCAGCCCUGAAGAGGUUCCCCAAGUUGUCCAUGGUGUUUGCUGUGUCUUGUUCAGGUCCAAGGCUUUGCACUGCUGUUUUUGCCUCCCUCCUGCCUCUCCUUUGAUAGCUGCUGCUCAGUCUGUCUUCCUGUUGAACAGUGUCCCUUGGCUCAGCUCGCAUCCCUCUCUCCACUGUGCCCCUCACUGUAGCGCUGUGAGCCAGCUUGCUCUGAACUGUCCCUUUACAAAUAUGCUUAGUCUGAAUAUAUAAAUGGAUUGUCAUCUUUCUUUUUCUAGAAGAGAAUAAAUGGCUAUUGCGCAUUCACCAAUUUCCAUGAACUCUAUCCUUUAGCUUAAGCUCUCCAAAGUAUUUCUAGCAUAUGGAUAUGAGUUGCUUUAUUGAGACUAAACUGGGCUUGGCAAUGAAUGAGCAGGGUGUUGGGCCAGCACUGGAAUUAACUCUUCGUGAGAAAUGGGAGAUCUCUUCUGGUUCUCUGGAACUGCUUCCAGCUGUGAGUCUUCACCAGCCACACCUCCCUCCCCACCCCGAAUGACCUUCCUUCCAGGAAAAAUUCAUCAAUAUACAUGCUACGAAACACUUGACGGGCGUAUUAUAGAGAGAAUGCAUCUGAACAAAUGCGGGGGCAUACAUGGAAAAACUGUGGUGGUUGGCAGAGCACUGUGCUUUUGUAUUCUGGGAAAAUAAGUGUGCAAAGACCAACUGCAAAACAUUGGUGACACUGCCUGGUGGGCACAGAAGUCCUGCAGGCAUGCAUUGAAAGCCAAGCAAUAAUGUGCCAAAAACGAACACGGAACGACAAGUCCAUAAUCACCAGCACACCUCAUGGAAAACACUUUAGGUUUUCACUUUGCCUUGCUAGGGCAGACUGUAGGCAACCUGGUAGUUUGACACUGCUAAUUUAUGCAUUUUCUUGUGUAUAAUGACAAUGUGAAUCCUCAUAGGCAUCUUUCACCAGCAGCAAAACAGAACCAUGUUUUGGGUAGCAAACAGCAAGUAUUACAUGUGUGGGUGGUCUUGUAGCAUCCAAGAAAGACAUCAACAUCAAAAAUGAAUGUGCUUGGAGUAGCAGCAUAGCAGAGGCUAGGGGCAGAUGAUCCAUGUGCUGUUACUCUGCUCUUUUUCUCUGCCCAGGGAAUCAGAAUCACAUUGCAUUGGUUGGUUGGCUGGUUAACAGCUAAGGAAACCUAUUUGGGCUAAUAAAAAGAGGGAUCAAAACAGGAAGUACUUUGUCAUUCCCAAAGGUAAAUUUGUACUGGGAAGUAAGAAAAAAAAAAAACCACCUAUAUUGCAGCUUAUUGCGGCUUAGUCAGUUGAAGUAACUCUUAAAUUGUUGCAAGGUGAGAAAUUUUGGGAAACAAGCAAAUUGUCGGGAAAUUCUUCCCUAUUGGUUGCAUCUUCUGGAAAAGCUGACAUGGCCGGAAUCAUUAAUAAAAGCAGCAAACGAGAAUGGAAGAGUUACUUCUAGUUUCACUUCAAGAGCUUUCUGAUAGGAAAGGUGAAACUAAGGAUGUUUCACUGUUGCCAAUACAAAACCUGUGUUGAAGGAGGACCUCAUUGCAGGUAAUUGGCAAUAUAGUCAUGGAUUUCAUGUGAGGCAGUGAUAUCUGCCACUGUCUGCUUGCACUCGGUUGGCAUCCGUCAGCUUUGUGUUGUCUUGGGCACAAGGGAUGAAGCCCUGCCUCACUCCUGCUGACUUCAUUUGGGAAAAAAGAGUGGGGAAAUAACUGGAGGGACAAUGAGGAGAAUAUAUGUCUUCUCCACUUCAGAGGAAAAAAAAAAAAACUUCUUUUGAAUAUACAAGAAGGAAUUGCUGAGAAACAUAGGAAGGGAAGGACCAAGAGAGAAGUCAAAGUUGAUGUAGGUACUUCACAAGGAAUUACCAUUCCUAUGUUUCUUAAAGCCAAUGUUCUGCUCAAGUUCUGCCCAUUGGUUCAUUCUGGGCUCACUCACUUUUCACAUUGUUGGUGCUCCAUGGCUUUUAGGUAAAACUAACACCUGUAUUUUACUAGUAUGUAUAGAUAAAUCCAACUACGAUUCAACAAAACUCCUAGGCAAACAGCCUUAGUUUUUUACUGCUACUACUACAUAAGAACUUGUAAAAUGCACCAUUUGGAGAAGUAUACUCAAGGGAUUCAGAAAAGGUGAAUAUAUGCUCUAAAGAUAACACUGGUUUUUAUCUUGAAUUUCAUGAUUAUCAAAGUGUUAAAUUUAGAAGUGGAAAUCCAAGUGAAAAAUCAGUGUGAAUGCUAAUGGAAAAUUCAAAUUGGCUGCCACUGGUUUUCAGUUUGGAAACUUGAUGGAAUCUACCAUACCAGAGAUUCAUUACUUAGCUCACUAUGCAAGAUUUGUAAGAAAUUACGAAUUUUAUUAGCUUAUUAGUUGCAUUGUCUUGUUCUGUGCCUAUUCCACACCUUUUAAAAAUAAAUGCAAAAUGUUACCAAGACAGAGCAAGUUCUUUCCCACCCAGCUUGUGGAAAUGGCUGUUCUGAAUGAGAGAUAAUUGAUCAUCAAGCUCCAUGGGUUUAGAAAGUUAGGGACUAUGGUCUGAAGGAAAUGUUCCCCUCUGUUUCCCCCUCCCCAAGUUUUUCUAAUGUCUCAACCUCUGCCGAUUUAUUUUUUGGGGACUCUGUGAUGCCUGUAGGAGUGGUCAGUACUCAUCCCAAAGGUACGCACAUAGAUCCUUAUUCAAACGCUGCCCGCUACCAAAUUUCUCUGGAGUCACCAGGUGCUGUGGUGCUCCAUGGGCCUGAAGGUCAGAUCCUGCACAUUGAAUGGCUGCAACAUUCUCUUAUGGGCCUUAAUUAUCCGCUGUAAGUCAGUGUAGGUGUUUAAAAGAAAGAAUGAGGUAUGACAGCUAGAUCGAGCCAAACUGAAAUUAAUAUCAUCCAUUUUACUAAAUAAAACUCUGAGAUGUAGUGUUUUUUCUGCUUUGUGCUUUUUUGAGCAGCUCUUCGUUCCCAGUAUUUAUAAUGUGGAUUUUGCAUGAAAUCUUGGCGAGGAAGAUUUUGCAAUGUGGAACACAUCUUUCACCAUUCAGGCUUCUUUAAAGAAGAAAAAUAUGUUAUUGCUGAGUCAAAUCACACAGAGAGGAAAUAUCUUUUCCUCUAGGAAAACAUUUGUUGUAGGUAAGCUUAUGUGUGAGUGUCCAUGUUGAAAAGAGCAGUACGUUGUGCAGGUCUUCUGCAUUACUCAUAUUCUAAGAUGAUUUUUUUCCCUUUGCCCUUAUGAUUGAAUGCUGGAAGCUUAGCAUUUUCCACAACUUUGAGGCAAGAUUAGAUCACUGUGAGGAUUUUCUCCUUAUUUGGUCUCUAAAAGAAUUCCCACAGCUCUAUCUAAAAAAAAAAAACUAAAAAACCAAACCACCAGCUGGCCAACCUCCAUGUCUAGACUGUCAAGAGAAAGAGCAGUGGCUGGGGUGUACAGAGGCGCACAGUGGCUCCUGAGUUUUGUAGAAAUUCACAAUUCUAUGAUCAAAUUGGUUUCUGCACAAAGACUAUGAGCCAUAGCAGGCAUCUGAGCUUGUUAGGAGCAAAAUAACGUCAACUGAGUCCUGUUUGAAAUACUAGACCUUAAUUUUUUGUUAGCUUUCUGAUUAGACUGACAUUCUCUGAAGUAGAAAUAAAUGACAGUUCUGCCAGCAAAGCCUCCAGCAGUUGUCUAUUGCAGCACAUGAGCCUCACAGGUGCUUCUCAGCAGCUCUACAACAACAGGUGACCCUUCUGCUGGAGAGCCCUCCUGACAGCACUUUCCUUAGCCCAGUUCAUAAUCAAUAGCUUCAAAUAUAUCAAAUGCAGGUUUAGAAACUGCUUCAAGGAAUUUUGGUAAAAUGGAAGAGAAAGAUCCAUACAUUUAUGGUAAACAAAAGCAUGUCUGAAGUCUGAAGUCAAGGUCUCAGUUGCACACUGAAAAGCAUUGGGAGUUUCUACCCAGAGUUAAAGAGAAAGAGAGUAGGUGAACUUUGAAUUCCUGGCUGUUGUAAGCACCAAAAAAAUGAUGGCUGUGAAUUGGUCAACAGCAGAAGAAAAUCAAAUUGUGGGCUUCUAACGACAACUAAUAUUAUUGUGGCUUUAUUAUUUUUAUAGUCACACUGACUGAAUUUGAUGUACUGUAUGAAGUAAAGUUAGUAUUAGGAUUCCAAGUGAACUGUGACAAUCAUUUGAGAUGUACCAACAGAAGUUUGCAUGUGAAGAAGUCUUACGGUGAUAAAAAAGCAAUGUUACCCACCCAAUCGAGUCCCUUAGGAAUUUAACGUUUUGCUGUUUUACAUCUCCUGGUUUCCAUGCUGAGUACAA